GCGAUUCCCAUUCUGCAGCUAAAAUCGCAACUCGCGUUGGGGGCUUCGCCUGAUUUUUUUAAUCCCAACCUUCCCCCACUCUACCCCCUCCACCUCCAAAGCAGCAAACCAUCGCAAUAUUGUUUUUUUAAUCUCUCUCUCUCAGUGUCUUUACCUAUCCAUCCCACCGCCCCCCCCCCCCCCGUCCCUUUUUGCUCAGAGCCUUACCUCCAUCACAUAGGCUGUCAGUGCAGCAACAACCACCUACAAAAAAAAUUACUGAGCGACCACGAUGAAGCAGAGUGAGUGAGAGGGAGAGAGAGAGAGAAAGAGAGAGGGGGAGAGAGAGAAAGACAGGAGCAACAAUCAGACCGGCUGCGCAGAGUCCAUGAAGCUCAGACUUAUGAGAAAGGGGGAAAGAUCGUUUUUCACCGAUGGUUCUGCACUGUAGCAGAUUGGAGCCGGAACAGUUCUAACCUCUUCAUUUUGCAAAACAAAAUCGCUAAAGUGUGGCAAAGUCUUCCUAAAUCCUAAUAGAGAGGGAGGGAGAGAGAGAGAGAGAGAGAGAAAUCCAACCAACCACCAGCAAAAAAAAAAUCAAAAAAGGAAUCAAACUGGCUCUCUCCCCGUCUGCUCAGAAUAGUCUGAUUGCCGCAAUCGCAGGGGUCUGUCCUGGCGUUUGGAGAAGUGGGCAUCUUCAUACCAACUGCAACAAAGCGAUGGCAUCCGAGUUGGCAAUCAGCAACGCCGACCUACCCAACAGUCCCCUUGCGAUGGAAUAUGUUAAUGACUUCGAUCUGAUGAAAUUCGAAGUCAAAAAGGAGCCGGUGGACUCGGAAGGCAAUCCGGGCAGUCACUGCAACCGCAUCGGGGGCUCGCUGUCUUCCACGCCAAUGAGCACCCCGUGCAGUUCGGUGCCUCCGUCUCCCAGCUUCAGCGCCCCGAGCCCCGGAGAGCAGAAGGCGGCGCACCUGGAAGACUUUUACUGGAUGACCAACUAUCAGCAGCUGAACCCGGACGCCCUGAGCUUUACGCCGGAGGAUGCGGUGGAGGCCCUUAUCAGCAGCGCCCACCAGCAGAUGCAAGCCGGCUUCGAGAGUUACCGAAGCCAGCAGCAGCAGCAGCAGCAGCAACAACAACAACAGCAGCAGCAGCAACAGCAACAGUAUGCCCCGGCGGCUGGAGCGGGCUUGGCCGGCGAUGAGAUGCCUCCAGCCGGCGCUGUGGUGGCCCAUCACCACCAGCACCAUCACCACCACCACCACCACCACCAGGGGCACCAGCACCCAGCGGCAGCGGCAGCAGGAGGAGUGGGCACCGCCGCUGCGGGCACCGGAGCCAUGCACCCGCACCUGCGGGCCGGCGAUGACCGCUUCUCGGAUGACCAGCUGGUCACCAUGUCGGUGAGGGAGCUGAACCGGCAGCUACGGGGCGUCAGCAAGGAGGAGGUGAUCCGGCUGAAGCAGAAGCGGCGGACCCUGAAGAACCGCGGCUACGCUCAGUCCUGUCGCUUCAAGCGGGUGCAGCAGCGGCACAUGCUGGAGAGCGAGAAGACGCAGCUCCAGCAGCAAGUCGAACACUUAAAACAGGAGAUCAGCAGGCUGGUGCGGGAGAGGGACGCCUACAAGGAAAAGUACGAGAAACUGGUGACCAGCGGCUUCAGAGAAACCGGAUCGUCCAGUGACAAUCCUUCGUCUCCGGAAUUCUUCAUGGGAGGUGCUAGAAGACUGGAAUUCCACUUGUCAAAAAAUGCUAGUAGGGAUAGACCAGAGAACUGCAGAGCUGUGAGUCUCACAUCAGUGGUAAGGAUGCAAUGGGAGAAAAUUCUGAAGGAGAGAAUUCAUCUUCACUUGGAGAGGCUUAACACAGCAAAUGAUGUCAACGCAGCAGCAAAGAAUGGACAAUACAAUCUGAAAGAGGCUAAACAAAUGCUCAGUUACAGAAAACAUGAUGCCGGAAUGCUGAUUGCUUAGAUCGAAACUUUCCCUGCGGCUCUAGCGUCCGCCAUAAAGCACAAAACCUCAGAGA